AUUUCGCACUGGCCCCGGUGUUGUACCAAGCAAGGUCCCCCGAGACACCGAGAACCUUCUGCUGAUCCUCAAUGGUAGAGAACCCUCCAAGGUGGAGGUGAGCAAGAUGUGGCUAGAGUUCCUGCCGUCGCUGCCACUUCUGCGUAACGCUGCUGUUGUGUUGCUGGGCAAUGAGAGAUGUGACAAUUCUUGGAUCCACCCCUACAUGAGCAUCCAUGGUGGUCUGGUUAAAGCCAUCUUUCUGGUGUAUGACAGCCCAGAGGUGGACAAUGUCAACUUCUUCCAAUGGCCACUGGGUGUUGCCACGUACAGAGAUUUCCCUGUGAUAGAUCCAUCAGGUCUGCCAUUAAACCACAAAAGACCAUAUACAUUCAACUUCCUCGGUACUGUCUACAAGAACUCCUCUCGGGAGACCCUCAUGUCUGCAAUCAAUUCCAGCAUGUACAGACACCAGGGAUUUGUAAAACCAAGAUUAGAAUGGUUACCCGAGGAAACUGCAGAGACCCGUGAUGAAUACUUGCGUGUCUUGUCCCACAGCGAUUUGACCUUGAAUCCUGUUGGGAUCAACACAGAAUGCUACAGAAUUUAUGAGUCUUUAGCUCUGGGGUCUGUUCCGGUGAUAGAAGACAUCAUGACUCCAGGAUUGUGUGGGGACUCCCCAUCAUUUCAAAGCCAUCGAAGUAUUAAUAACAGCAAUGAGAUUCUUCUAAAGACAGCUCACAAUAAAGAAUACAAUCUAGGCAGGGGAAACUACUCUGCUCCUUUGAGACUGCUGAAGGAGUUACAUGCUCCUGUGAUAUUUAUCAAAGACUGGAAAGCUGAUCUAGAUGCAGUGCUGCAAAAUGAAGCACAUAUGAGUGAUGCAGACAUUAUCAAACGCAGGGAGUAUGUUAUUCAAUGGUAUGAGAAAUUCAAGGUACAGAUAGAGAACAUUUAG